AUGGCCUACAAGCUUGACUUCAAGGCGCCCUACCUUAACGUGAUCAACAAUGAGCUCACGUCUACAGCGCAAAGGCGCCACGGCGUGGACCCCUCCACAGAGGAGGCUUUGCCCGAGGUCCCUGUGUCCGGCAAGGCCGAGCUCGAUCGUGCAGUAGCCGCUGCAAAGACUGCUUAUCCUGCAUGGCGGUCGCUUUCCUGGGAUGAGCGAGGAUCGUAUCUGCUCAAGCUAGCAGAUGCGAUUGAAGCCAAUCACGACGACUUUCGUGAUCUCGAUAUUGCUGAGACUGGCAAGCCUUUCCAGCAUGCUAACUUCGAGAUGGUUCUGGUUCUUGCGCAUUUGCGUGGUACAGAAUCUCUGCGUAUCCCGGACGAUGUUGUGGAGGAUACUCCUGAGAAGACUAUGCUAGUUAGGUAUAGGCCUCUGGGUGUUGGCGCUGCUAUCGUACCGUGGAACUGGCCACUAUUGCUAGGUCUUGGUAAGAUUGGCCCGGCGGUAUUGGCUGGCAAUACCAUUAUCGUAAAGCCAAGCCCAUACGCUCCUUAUAGUCUUCUCAGAAUAGGCGAGCUUGCAGCCAAGAUCUUUCCACCUGGUAUUAUCCAGGUAUUAAGUGGUGAUGAGAGUCUUGGUCCGCUGUUUACCGAACAUCCAGGAAUUGCUAAAGUCAGUUUCACUGGCAGUAUUGCAACGGGCAGGAAGGUCGCUGAAGCAUGUGGCCGUACACUGAAGAGAGUAACAUUGGAAUUGGGCGGAAACGAUGCAGCUGUUAUUUGCGAGGACGCCGACCUUGCCAGAACUGUGCCUGGAGUCUCCUUCCUGGCCUUUCUCUGUGCAGGCCAGAUUUGCAUGAACAUCAAACGAGUCUACGUGCAUGAUAAGAUUUAUGAUGCAUUCCUGGCUGCUAUGGUUACUUUCAUUCGUGAUAACAUGCCAUAUGGCCCUGCUGCUGAUCCGAAGACGAUAAUCGGACCUCUCCAGAACUCUGUACAAUAUGAGAAGGUUAAGAAAUUCUUUGCGGAAGCUGAAACGCAAAAGUGGACGAUCGCUCUCGGAGGUCUUGAGGAAGAGGCAAAGAUCAAGUCCAAGGGUCUAUUACUCCCACCAACGCUCAUUGAUAAUCCUAGCGAUGAUUCGCGCAUCGUGGUAGAAGAGCCCUUUGGUCCUAUCCUCCCUGUGAUGCGCUGGACAGAUGAAAAAGAAGUUAUCAGCCGUGUCAAUGCUGUCGAGGCAGGACUUGGUGCUUCAGUCUGGAGUAGCAAUAUCGAGAAAGCUACUGAGAUUGCUGAUGCUCUGGAGGCUGGCAGCGUCUGGAUUAACAAUCAUUUCCAGGUGUCACCAAAUAUGCCUUUCGGCGGACACAAAGCCAGCGGUAUUGGUAUGGACUGGGGUGUCGUCGGCCUGAAGGGCUGGUGCAAUCCGCAGGGAUUUUGGACCUUCAAGAAAUAA